AGUAUUGCAGAAUUUUGUUCUUUAUUAACUAAACAUUUAUCGAGCAAGUUGUAUUAAAUCAACUCUGCGCCAACAAGGUUUGUUUGUGAUACCAUCACAGCAUCUCUGCCAUCAUGUUUUGUACAAAGUUAUUUGCAGGACUGUUGGAAUACAAGGCUUAAUGUCUGUGUUGAUAAUUAACCCUUUUAAUGAACACUUCUGUCACUAGGAAAGGUAUGUUUUAGCGGACACUGAUAGACAAAUUAUUGUAGACGUAAACUCUGUUUUUUUCAAUUUUUAUAAUAGAUACAGGCUUUUUUUGGAAAAAAUUUUGAUUUUCUUUUAUAAAACACUGAACUUGUGAAGUCCUUGUGAUUUUGUGCCGCUUUUCAUUGAGUCGGCUCCAUUGUGAGUCAAUUUCACUCUUUUUUCUCAAUGUGUGACGUCAAACGUCAAUGUGUGGCAGUUUCAAAACAAAGUAAGGAACCAUAAAAAAUAAGUUUGUUCCAGGGUUUUGCCAGGGCCGUUAAAAAUUUUUUUUGAUAGGAAAGAGAAUUAAAAUAUAUUUUUUUAUUCUUUUAGUAACUUAAUAACAAAGAAAUAGUUAAAACUACUUAAACAAAUGACAUAACUUAACCAUUCAGCAAUUUGUUGAUGGGGUGCCUCAUUUAGUGUUUGAUUCAGCGUUCCAAAGAAAUUCAGAAUUUGCCCCAAAAAAGCAGCAUAUAUACCAAUCAAUACCCAAAAAAUGAAAAAAAUAAAAAAAGAUAAAAAACAGUUGCUGAACAGAUAACAUUUUGCUGGGCUCACUUUCUUCUUUGUCAAGUUGCUAUAGAAAAUUCCUUUUAUAAAUCAGGGUGAAUAUUGUUGGUUUGCCCAAAAAAAUCCACAUGAGGUCUGAGAUGUGUUCUGCCUUUUUUAUUUUUAUCAUAGCGUUAAAAUUUCUGCCUUCACUACUAAAUUUUCUGUUAUGAGGUUCGGUUACUCCUUAGAUGAUAUUUUGAGCAAAAAAACCUAAAUGUAAGUUUGUUAAUGAACAGAGAAGUGAAGCUAUAUCUUUAUUAUUAAAAUACUUACAUAUAUACUUAAAUAGGAGAAAUAAAAGAUGGUGUUAGAAACUAUAAAGUACAAAAACAGAAAGAUGUCCAUCAUCAAUCAGCUCUUGCUUCCUCAACAAACAAUGUAUGUUGACAUCAAAACUGUGCAAGAUGGUUGGGAAGCCAUUAAGAGUAUGCAAGUUAGAGGUGCUCCUGCCAUAGCAGUUGUUGGAGCUUUGUCUCUUGCAGUUGAAAUGAAUGGCAAAACAUUUGCUCAAGUUGAAGAACUAAUGCAGUAUGUACAAACUAAUCUUGAUUAUCUAAUUACUGCCAGACCAACUGCUGUGAAUAUUUUCAGAGCUUCUAAUGACAUUAAGGAAUUUGUUAAAUUACAGAUUGAGAAGGGUCUUGAAGUAGAGCAGCUAAAAGAGAAAAUCAUUGUUUUUAUCGAAGAUUUGUUGACUGCUGAUGUAAAGGACAAUUUGUCAAUCGGUGAGCAUGGCAUGGAGCACAUGGUUAAGAAUGUCAAAGGUGACGAAUUGGUAAUUUUAACACAUUGCAAUGCAGGGGCACUGGCUACUGUUGGUUAUGGAACUGCCCUUGGAGUUGUCCGGUCACUUCACAAUGCCGGAAAACUAAAGCAUGUGUUUUGUACUGAAACACGUGCGUACAAUCAAGGUGCUAGACUGACUGCGUAUGAGCUGGUUCAUGAAGGGAUUCCAUCAACUCUAAUUACUGAUAGUUCAGUGUCAAUUGCAAUGGCACGCAAGAAUAUUUCUGCAGUUGUAGUUGGUGCUGAUCGAGUUGCGAUGAAUGGUGACACUGCCAAUAAAAUUGGUACUUACCAGAUUGCAAUCUCAGCAAAACAUCACGGUGUCCCGUUCUAUAUCGCAGCUCCAACUACAACGAUUGACCAAAAUAUAAAAACAGGAAGUGAUAUUGUUAUUGAGGAACGUAAUCACGAAGAGAUUACACAUUAUAAACAUGAGAGAGUCGCUGCAGAAGGAAUCGAUUGUUGGAAUCCAGCAUUCGAUGUGACGCCUGCUGAUUUGAUCACAGGUGGAAUCAUCACUGAACAUGGUGUCUUUGUUGCUAAUGAGUUAGAAAAGAAAUUAAAAUCCUAGUUACAUGAUUUAUAACUUCUAUUAUAUUUCUUUUUUUCAACUAAAGGAAUUAAAAAGUAAUAAUAUAAAAUAUAAUUAUAAAAAUAAAAUAAAAUUUUAUAUAAUAUUUUACGAAGCCAUACACGUUUUUUACAAGCAACUACUAUUUUUUAUUUCAGUCCCGUUUUUAUUUCAGUCUCGUAAUAUUUAAAUUUUACAUCUUUUGACCUUUAUGUUUUCUAUUGUUGCAAUUUAAUGUUCUUAAUACACCAAUUCAACAUAGCGUGAGACCGCGUUAAUAAAAAGACUGGGACGAGUUUGGGGUAAACAAAAUUAACCGAAAUUAGUCUUAGUUGCACAAGAAGGAAGAAGGAUAUUGAGUUGUUUUGAGUAGUUAGUGUUGUUAGAUAAAUAUGGAGUUUGAAAUGAUAGAGAAGAUGAAGGUAGGCGAGUUAAAGAAGUAUUUGAGAUUGAGAGGUCUGAAGGUUAGCGGGAGAAAAUGCCAAUUAGUAGCUAGGGUGUUUGCAGCUAGUUAUUUCAGUUAGGCUUGGACUGACUAAUAUGUCAUGUACCAGCAAACCAUGUGAGUGGCUCCCUAAUCGUACAGAGGUAAAACCGGUCAAGAUCAAAGAUGUUACAUUUAAACGUGAUGAUUUUGGAAAGAGAGGUAAAAAAUCAAAAGGGUCUCUCAAGUACAUCAAAGAAAAACUAUAAUCCCUUUGAUGUGUCAUUUAAACAUUUGAAGCUUUGCGAUGUAGCUGCUGCACUUGAAAAGGUUGUUCCAGACAGCACUCUUUCAACGGCUGUUCCAAAACCGGAAAUAGAUUUCAUGCGUGAGAUUGUCACUGGCAAGUUACCGAACCCCAAUGGCCUUGUUAGCAUCAAUGAUGUCAUUUUAAUGUCCAAUUUUAUUGAAAAUUUUCAUAGCAGUGUUGCAGUACACUUUUCACCAUCAAAUAUUGAGCAAAUUGAAAUUAUUACUCGAGGUCAAUGUUGUAAUGAAUGCCUUUCGCAAAGGUGUCAUAACUGCAUCCAGAGCUCAUGAAGUGAAAACCAAAGUCGAAAAGUUUGUGAAAGGUGGAUGUACCAUAAAUUUUUGGCAGUUGUUUCAAAAGAUUUUCGGUUUUGUGUUCCUUAGUCCAAAUAUUCCAGCAUUAAUGGACGCUCAAUGGAAGUUAUGCAGUGAAUAAAUUUUACAAGUAUUAUUCUGAAGGUCAUAAGAAUGUUGAAGUCAUUGAAUGUGGGUUAUUUUUAGACAAGGUUUUUCCAGUCAUAGGUGCUAGUCCAGACAGAGUUAUUUCGUGUUCGUUUUGUCCUAAGUCUGCUUAGAAGUAAAAUGUCCAUACUCCAUUAAUUACACAUCUCCAAAUGAUCCUAAAAUUCAUCUACCCUAUUUAAAAUAUGUUGAAGGGAAGUUAGUUCUGAACAAAAAUCAUCAGUAUUUUGCCCAGUGUCAAAUGCAGAUUGGAGUUACUGGUUUAAACUUUUGCAACUUUUUAAUUUGAGUUUUGGAACGAUCUUUAAAAAAAAAUUGUCUUUCUUCCAUGUGCAUUAUCUUAAACACAUGUUCUCACAAUAAAUGGUAUAUAUGGAAUAAAAACAAUAAAAAGGCUAUUUUCAUAGCCACACAUUUAUAAAAAAUAUUAUUUGGUUGAGACUGUUGCGGUAAGAAGGUAAGUAAACAGGUUUUGUUAUGCAUAAGUUAAGGAAA